CAGAUAUACUCACGUUCAUCGCCUUUCCCUCAUAUUGUCGCAUCCAUAGGCCCGGAGCUAGACUGGCCAUCUGAAGUAGUUAUUCAGCCACAUAGAAUAGAAACACAGUGUCUCUCAAAGUGUGGGAAAUGGUUUGCAACGGGUGGAAGUUCGAAUGAUCGGGCAGUGUUCGCAAUUUGGGACGUACGGACGGCCGAUGGUGCAGUGACCAUUCAUCCUUGCGGGAGCGUAGGAUGCUCUGUUUACUACAUAGCGUUCGAUCAAAGUGCCAAUGACAUGGAAUUGCGGACUAGAUGCAAAUGUCAAAUGCUGUGUAGAUGGGAUAUGACGACUGAGCCUUGUGCCUUGUUGCAAGAAGUUGCAUUGGAAUCCGAAAGGGCAUUCAAAUGGUGGGCAAACGAUCAUAGCAAGGCAAUUUCCGAGGAAGUUCAUACUGGAUCGAUCAGACAAUACUCUCUAAACAUAUUCAAUGAUGGGGAUCAAAUCGACAGUUUCGAGCUUGCAGCCUAUUUAGGAAAUUACAAGUGGAUUUUUUCGCUUGGAGUGGGGGAAAAGGGAGAGCCUGGCCAUGUUUGCUUCUCACCUGAUACAACGACCAUCUUAUAUACUUGCAUGGACACACAAAGCCCUUUCUCAAGCUCACAUUUAGUGGUCUUACUGUCCUCAGAUGAUGGAACACAGUUAUGGCACCAAUCUACGGACCGAAUCCUCCAUGUAUCAUUUUUCCAAGACGGGCAAAGGAUACUCAUUGAGACUGAUAAAUCCAUCUAUGCCAUCAAUCAAUCUGAUGGAUGUGUCAAGCAAAUAUCUCCUCUGAUCCCACUCAAUGUGUUCAUUUCCCCUACAAAGGACGAAAUCGCUAUUGUAACUCAUGAUGGCGUGGCAAGAUUGGACCCAACCUCACUCCACUGUUCACAGUCGUACCCAUGGACCAAACCAGAGGGUUUGGUGUUCCUAGAUAUCUCCUGGAUGCAUUUGACUAUUAUCAAUAUCACCGAUCGUGGUCACUUGGAUCAAUCAUUUACAUUCUUCAAAUUGCAUCCAUCAAAAUAUCCACCAACGGAUGCUACCUCAGAAAUAUGCUCGACUAUAUCGGACCUAUUUCUUUCUCCCAAUGGUCUCUAUCUAUUGAUUAGGCGUCAAAAUGCUUCGAUUCAAUUGUUGUGUACUAUGUCGGGAAACCAGAUAGCUCUCACAGGAGACAAACUUGAGAAACUCGAGCCGAGCGCCCAUAUCGA